CGUGCAAACCAUACCGCUAAGAUUUUUCAAUAGUCACUCUUGCACUACGCAAUAGCCAUUAGAAUCAAUCGUUCUGCACUAACUACCACAAAAAUGGCUACUACAACUAUGCAUUUUGGCCCCGAAUGGAUGCGCGCAAAGCCACCACAAACGCCUGCUCGGCCCCAAGCACCUCCCUCUCCACCCCCUCCGGCAACAUCUAAUACACAGCAAACUAACGCGUCAACUUAUUCUGCACUCGUUACACCUGCCGCUGCACCAGAGCCUGAGAGACGCGACGAAUUCCGUCCGUUCAGAUAUUCCAAGGAAGCAAUGCUCAGAAUCUACAAAGAGGGUGGUGGGAGAGGUGGUUUGGGAUUAGAGGUGGAGAGGUGGGAGGGCAUUGUGCAUGAAGUCAGCAGUGAACCCACAGCGUUGCGCGAAAUGGGUGACGCGGAAAAGAAGCUCUUUGCUGGGCCACUUAAUUCCGAACUUCGACGGCGCCAGUCUACCGAUCUCAUAAGCACGCUUUCAUCACCAUCUGACAGACCCAGGUUGAACCAUUCCAACACCGUAGGAGGGAGUUCUAUCAGAGGGUUCAGUCUCAUGGGAAGGAGAAGAGAUAGCACAGCAGAUCAACCACCGCUUGCACUGCCUCGUAAAUUGUCUGUGUCUAAUACCCAAGGUAACUCGCCGCGCGACGGAGCACUUCCUUCCCCUCGCACCCGAAUAGGCGGCUUUGCUUCAGGUUUUGACGGUGUGCUUAACGGUGGAGAUUCUUGGAUGGCUAGACGUCGAACAUCGGAAAGCAUGCUGAAAGCUGGGGGAGCUUCCGCGGGGACCCGUCCGGAGGGCAGAGAAGAGGAUGUAAAAGGACUUAACAUCAAAGAAGUGGAGGAGGACACAAGUGUCGCACAAAACACUGCGCUCCAACCUGACCUUUCUGGUACUUCUCAACAAUCAUCUCCAAUCGCCGAUGCCCUGCCUCGCGACACAACUACUGACAGUCCAAACCAGCGAUCUACUCUAAAUGCAGAUUCUGUAGCCCGUCGUAUGGCUGGGAUGAAUCUUGGCGAAAAUGAGCGGACCAACGCGAACUUCCAUCCCAACCCUGUGGCCGACAGUCUGACGGCUGGUCCACCACCGGGUCUGGAUCCAGGUAGCAUUGAGUGGUCAUAUCUGGAUCCUCAAGGUCAUGUGCAAGGUCCUUUCAAAGCUGAUGUAAUGCAGAAAUGGUUUGAUGAGGGCUAUUUCACUCCCGACCUUAGGAUGAAGCGUACUCACAUUGAUCGGGAUUGGACUGCGGUUGGGAUUCUUGACCGCCAGGCUGCCGGCGGGAAAAUAUUUCUUUCACAAUUCCCGAUGUCCACCAGCCCUCCUGGUCUCAGUAUUCGCACCGAUUCCUCCCAGAAUUACUCCCCUGCUCAUGAACAUAAUACAUUCAGUGGAUACCAGCCUGUGCCAACCCGAACUCUCCGUAGUGCAACGUUGGACCCAUAUCAUAAUAGUGCUUCUCCUUCAGAUUCUCCCCCCUCAUCCUUUGGUGGUGGCAGGUUUGGCAACGGCUCCCCCGAUACUUCUGCAUUGGGCGGUAGAAUCGGAGGCCUUUACACUAGUGACUCGGGGUUCGGCUCUCAUAGUUUCACCGGCAAUGUAGGUCCGUUCGGUCCAGUCGGGGACCCCCGCUCGUCGUUCAACAACCUAGCACCCGGCAGAACCUCAUCCCUGGACACAUUCAGCACCUAUAAGAACAACGGUAACUCACAAUGGCCACCUUCUAUGACGCAGAAUGUCCAGCAUUUUAGCGGCAGCGAGCACUCCCUUGCUACUGGUUUCAACAAUGGCAUCGGCUCGGGCAUCAUGUCUGCGCCAAUGCCAGUUACGCAGAGCCACUCUUUCACACAGGAGCCCUCGUACGGCGAUGGCACGUACAACACCAUGGGCAGUCUCGGCACCUCGCACGACUCGCCCAUCGCACGGCUACCCGUCGAGGCGAACGGGCUAGGCUUCAACAACGUCGGGAUUAAUGGCUCACAUUAUGUGCAACACUACCCCCAGUCCCCUGCCUUGCCACAGCAGCGCUCCUCUACAUCGCCGUUCGUUGAAGUUCUCACGAAGGUCGCUGAAUCGCCUGACGUGCGGACACCGGUGUCUGCCGUGCAGCCUGAGAACGUGUCAUCACCGUGGGGCGCGCCCGAACUUACUGUUGUACGUCGCCCGGUGGUUGAGAUCCCUACUGCCUCCCCAGUUGCCCAGGCACCUCCAGCAGCCUGGAGUCAACCCCCGCAACCCGCUCGUCCCGCCCCAAAGUCAAAAGAGCCUUCGCCAUGGCUGACGGCCUCCCUAGGCGUCGUGGAUGAUGGGUGGCGCGAAAUCCCUGGCCCAAACAGCCUCACUGUGAGCAACCUCGGGCAGCACAAUAAGAUGUACGAGAAGGUGGACGAGGACGACAUUGCUGUGUCAGCCAUUGGGGAAGAGGAAGAGGAAAUUACUGCUGCUACUGCGCCCGUACCCGUGCCAGAGACAUCUCAGCCAGCGCCUUUGGCCCCCGCAACAGCCGCUCCACACAUCGAGUCCCCGGCACUUGCGGUGUCCAAGGCCAAACUUAAAUCCAAUGCUCGUGAGGCCCACGCACCUGCCCCAGCCUCUGCACCGAAGCCUGCACCUCCCGCACCCAUACCUGCCCUAAAGAGCCCAUCUCCUGUCCCGAAGCCUGCAUGGGCGACUGAGGACGAUGCGACAAAAGGCACGCGUUCACUCGGUCUGCGCGAGAUUCAGGAAGCAGAGGCAAAGAAGGCAGAGGCACGUAAGGCGGCUGAGCGCGAGCGGCUUGCACGAGCCAAUGCGCCACCACCUGCCGUUGUUGAGGAUGCGCAACUGUUCACCGCAUCGUGGGGACUUCCGACGUCUCAAGCUGGUUCACGAGCCGCUGUGUCGCCAAGAGGUGGAGAAGCUGUGGGCACGCCUGCAGCGAGUGCUCCAGUGUGGACCUCAGCGAGUACGACGCCCGCCAAGAAGACGAUGAAGGAGAUCCAGGAGGAAGAGGAGCGCCGGAAGAAGAUAGGUCUCAAGGAUUCGAUGGCGGCGACGGCUGCAAGGCGCGCAUAUGCGGAGACUACUUUCAAGGUGGUUCCAAGUGCUCAGAUUGGUGGUGGGGCAUGGACAACGGUUGGCGCAAACGGCAAGACAAAUGCACCUGUACCUGCGUCUGCGCCUCCUCGCCCAACUGUCACUCCAUCGGUAUCUACACAAGCGGCGCCUACACCACGCCCCAAUGGUACAGCGGUGCGCCCAACUGUGCAGAUCGUUACAAAGGCUGCUGCUGCCACACCACCACGCAUGGAUGACACUCCCGCUAUGUCUUCACACGAUUUCCUCAAGUGGCUAAGUGACACGCUGAAAGGGCUCAAUCAUUCCGUGAACCUGGAAGACAUAACGCAGAUGCUCCUCUCUUUUCCUCUCGACCCAGACCCAACGACAUCAGAGAUCAUUUCAGACCUGAUUUAUGCGAACAGCACGACGCUCGAUGGACGACGGUUCGCAGCAGAGUUCGUUAAGCGCCGUCGGGCCAGUGGUAUGGCUGGGCCAGGAACGAAUGGGAAUGGAAAAGUGUCGAUCGCGGACGUGGUGAAGACGACGCCACGGGCUGCUCAGCCAGAAUGGGGCUUCAAGGUUGUGAACAAGAAGAAGAAGGGGAAGGCGUGAGUGGGAGUGGGAGUGGGAGUGGAGUGGAGUGUUUUACCCGUUGUCCGCCUACGCACAUGCAUACUCAUAAGCAUACACUCAUUCAAUUGUUUUAUCUCAUCUCAUGAAUAAUUUUGUGUGGUCGAGUCCUAGUACUUAGCUGUGCAAGUCUGUGCAUUCCGUGAAUAUACAAUACCUCGAGCCCGAGUAUCGCUGCUAGG